AUGACUGCCCCAGUUGAAAGAAAAGUCCGCGUCGCUGCGGUUCAGGCUGAGCCUGUCUGGAAUGAUUUGCAGGGUGGUGUUGAGAAGGUGAUUUCUCUGCUGGGUGACGCUGGCAAAGAAGGCGCCAAUGUUGUUGGAUUUCCGGAGGUUUUCAUUCCCGGCUAUCCGUGGAGUAUGUUCACCACAAGUGUGUUCGAUAACGGCCCCUUUAUGGAUGAGUACUUCCAUAAUUCGUUGGCUGUUGAUUCGGACGAGAUGCGACGUAUCCAGGCUGCGGUCAAAGAAAAUGGAACGUUUUGUGUUCUUGGAUUCAGUGAACGCUACCAGGGCUCACUCUAUAUUUCCCAGGUCUUCAUCAAUAUUGAUGGACAGAUUGUCCACCACCGUCGCAAGACUAAGCCGACCCAUGUGGAGAGAGCAUACUGGGGCACCGGUGAGGGCGACUCGUUGAAGACUGUUGUCGAUUCGCCUUUCGGAAGGAUUGGGGGACUCAACUGCUGGGAGCACACACAGCCACUCCUGAGGUACUAUGAGUAUCAACAGGACGUCGACAUUCAUGUUGCAUCCUGGCCAGCCCUCUGGGAUAGGCCUGAAUCCUUUGGGUCCAAGAUGCCGUAUUGGAUGACCAGCGAUAUGAAUAGAAAGAUGUCCCAGGUCAUGGCACUCGAAGGUGCAUGCUUUGUCCUUGUCUGCACCCAAGUGAUGUCUGAGGAAAACUUCAACAAGAACAAGGUGCAAGACCUUGAAUACGUCCAGGGUACUGGCGGAGGUUUCUCAGCUAUCUUCGGCCCGGGAGGAGAGCCUAUUGCCACCAUGCCAUCCGACAAAGAAGGAAUCCUGUACGCAAAUGUCGAUGUCAAUGACAAACUUCGAGCCAAGCAAUGGCUUGAUGUUGUUGGACACUACUCCAGACCCGACAUGUUGAGUUUGCGUGUCAACACUCACCCCUCCAAGCCGGUAUUCUUCGCAGAGGAGCCAGAACAAUAG